AUGACUGGUAUCGCAGCUCCACGUUUACUUUUCCUACACGGUUUUUUACAAAAUGGUAAAGUUUUCUCUGAAAAAUCUUCUGGUAUCAGAAAAUUAUUGAAAAAACAAAACAUCCAAGCGGAUUAUAUUGAUGCUCCUGUUAUUUUAGAUCGUAAAGAUUUACCAUUUGAAAUGGAUGAUGAAAAAUGGGAAGCUACAAAGGAGGCCCAAGUUAAUAAAGCUUGGUUUUAUCACUCAGAAAUUUCAAAAGAAUUAGAUUUAUCACAAUCCAUUAAAUAUGUCACUGAGCAUAUUAAGGAAAAUGGACCUUAUGAUGGUAUCGUUGGGUUUUCUCAAGGUGCUGCUUUAACUACUAUUAUUACAAAUAAAAUUACCGAAUUAGUUCCAUCUCAUCCACCUUUUAAAGUAAGUUUAAUCAUUUCAGGUUACUCAUUUACUGAACCAGAUCCGGCACAUGAAGGUAACUUACGUAUUACUGAAAAAUUUGUUGAUGGUUUCACACCUGCCAAGGAUGCUGAAACUAAAAUGUUAUUUAUUUACGGUAAUGGUGAUAAUGCUGUUCCAGCUGUUAGAUCCAAAUAUUUAUUGAAUAUCUACAAGAAUGCUUAUGGACCAGAAAAUAGUGUAGAUUUAGUUAAAGCUUUUGAACAUCCAGGUGGUCAUAUGGUUCCAAAUAAAAAGGAUAUCAUUAGACCUGUAGUGGAAGAAAUCUCUUCUGCUUUAGGCUUGGAUGCUAAAUAA